AUGGGCCCGAUGAUAAGAACAGAGGAUGAAGAAGACUGUGCGAGUCCACCGUGGCUAAUGCCAAUGCUACGAGGCAGCUACUUCGUGCCCUGUUCGAUCCACGUCGACUCCAACAAAAACGAAUGCAACUUGUUCUGUCUCGACUGUGCUGGAAAUGCCUUUUGCUCUUACUGUUUGGUCAAACACAAAGACCAUCGUGUUGUUCAGAUAAGAAGAUCUUCGUACCACAACGUGGUGAGAGUGAAUGAGAUACAGAAGUACAUCGACAUAUCUUGCGUCCAGACAUAUAUCAUCAACAGCGCGAAGAUCGUGUUCCUCAACGAAAGACCUCAGCCCAGAAUCGGCAAAGGUGUUACCAACACUUGUGAAAUCUGUUGCAGAAGCCUCCUUGAUUCUUUCCGCUUCUGCUCUCUCGGUUGCAAGCUUGGUGGGAUGAAGAGAGGAGAUCUAAGUUUGACCUUCUCUUUGAGAGGGAAGCAUGGGAGAGAGUAUGGGUCGGAAUCAGAUGAGGCUACCACACCGACGAAGAUGCGUAAGACCAAUGCUUUCAACCGUCUGAUGAGUGGUCUGUCGAUCUCCACCGUUAGAUUUGAUGACUACGGUCCAGGUGGCGAUCAACGGUCUUCAAGCUCUGGCGACGAAGGUGGUUUCAAUUUCUCUCCGGGAACUCCUCCGAUCUAUAAUCACCGGAAUUCAAGCAGACGAAAAGGGGUCCCACACCGAGCUCCGUUCUAA